AUGAGCAGUGGAGCGGGUGUUCAACGCACGAUGCUGAGCUUCCAAACCCCAGGGAGAAGAGGUACUGUUGCCGGGGAGAAGGGGAUCACGACCAGGGUGAUCACCAACGCCGGGACUCCCAAAAGAUCCGAAGACAAGUUGCGAGCCCUCUGUGGGAAGCGCAUCUCGUCGAGGCUGCUGCUGAUACUGCUGAUGUGGACUGUGGUGCUGCGGAUUCUGGACAUGCCCAGGAUUCUUGUAGAGAUCCCUCUGAUCGGGCCGGCCGCCCAGAAACCCUAA